UUUACGCGCUGACGUCGCAGAGCGGCGGCGGCGGCGGUUGAGGACGGAGCCCAGAGAAUGAAUGAGAGGAUGAGCCGUUGGAGCCGUUGGAGCCGUUGAGCAUCGUACCUGGACGUCGUUUGAAUCCCGGCCGAAGCUCACGAGAGUUUAACGGUUAAAUAACCCCGAACACCAUCAACCGCUGUCGGUUGUUUGAAGCCUUAAAGGAGGAAGAGGAGGAGGAGGAGGAGGAAGAAGAGGAGGAAGAGGAGGAGGGAAGAAGGAUGAUACAACCUGGAGUUUACGCCAACUGUUCGCAGUCUUUCCUCCUCAAAAACAAGACAUGAAGCUCCCCCCGUUGGAAGAAGAUGUCCACCAUCGUAACACCCGUUUAAUUUAAAAUUUAAAAAAAAAAAAAAGGUGUCGACUGGCGGCGGUUGGAAAAAAAACCAACCGUUAAUGGCGAGGAAGAGCCCCGGCGACUGAAAGUGGGAUUUAAUAUGUGCGGUCGGCUUACUGAGAUUGAGGAUUCACAGUGAGCUCGCAGCGAAUGGAUAAAGCUAUCUUAUUGAGUGACUGUGCGCUAUUUUAUUUAUUUUUAGUGUUUUAAAAGUUGUCAAGAGUUUAUCUUCUAAAGCUAUUAUUUUUUUAUUUUUAAAAAAAAAAAAAAAGCUAACAGCUAACAGGAGCAGCUGGCUUAAAAAAAAAAAAACCUAAGCUACCGUUUGAGCUUCAUCCUGCAGGCACAGACACGUUUGCUCGGGUGAAAACAGACAGAAAAAUGUACCCAAGGACUUAACAACAACAAGAAGAAGAAGGGGAGAGAGAAGGAGCCAUGACAGACUGAGAGAGCCGAAGCUAAGUCCUGUUCACACCGCCCUCCAGAGACCACAGAGAGGAUCCGGAUCGACUCCCAAAAGCACCAAAAUCCUGCAAAAAUGGGAGAGCAGCCCAUCUUCAGCACACGGGCCCACGUCUUCCAGAUCGACCCAAACACCAAGAAGAACUGGGUUCCCACCAGUAAACACGCUGUCACCGUCUCCUACUUCUACGACAGUACCAGGAAUGUAUAUCGAAUCAUCAGUCUGGAUGGAUCCAAGGCCAUCAUCAACAGCACCAUCACCCCCAACAUGACGUUCACCAAGACGUCGCAGAAGUUUGGCCAGUGGGCCGACAGCCGGGCGAACACCGUGUACGGCCUCGGCUUCUCGUCGGAGAGCAACCUGGCCAAGUUUGCAGAUAAGUUUGCGGAGUUCAAGGAGGCAGCGAGGUUAGCAAAGGAGAAGUCUCAGGAGAAGAUGGAGCUCACCAGCACUCCCUCUCAGGAGUCAGCACCAGGCGAUCUACAGUCACCUUUGACCUCGGAGAGCAUCAACGGUACAGACGACGAGAGAGUCACACCAGACACGCCUCAGCACACCGAAGCCAGAGCAGAGCCUUCCCAGAAUGCACUGCCCUUCUCACACAGCUCAUCCAGCAUCAACAAGCACUGGGAGGCGGAGCUGGCGGCGCUCAAGGGGAACAACGCCAAGCUGACGGCGGCUCUGCUCGAGUCCACGGCCAACGUCAAACAGUGGAAGCAGCAGCUGGCGGCCUAUCAGGAAGAAGCCGAGAGGCUACACAAACGGGUGACGGAGCUGGAGUGCGUGAGCGGCCAGACGACGGUGAUCAAAUCCCAAAAGACAGAGCUCAACCAAACGAUAGAGGAGCUGGAGUCGGCGCUGAAGGCGAAGGAGGAGGAGUUGGAGAGACUGAAAGCAGAGGUGGAGAGCGCCAAUGAGUUCCAGUCUCAGAAAGACUCUCUGACACUGAAACUACAGGACUCGGAGUCGAGGAACGAGACGUUGGAGGCUCAGCUGAGCGACCUGGAGCAGCGUCUGGAGAGCAGCCAGCACGAGAGGGAAGCCUUCCGCAAGAGCCUGCGCUCGCUGCUGGAGCUGCUGGACAGCAAGAUCUUCGAGCUGACGGAGCUGCGGGACACGCUCGCCAAACUCCUCGAGGGCAGCUAGAGAGACGAAGAUCGCCACCAUCAUCAUCAUCAUCAUCAUCAUCACCAUCAUCACCACGGACUCUCAGAAGAAAGAAAGGAAGAAAAAAUCACCUGCAUGUUGGUACUCGCACCGUCACUGACACGUAAAACUUGAAUUCUUUCUCUUUCUAAAGAGUUUACACACGACUUUAUGCAUUCACACACACGCACGCACACACGCACACACGCACACACACACACACGCUGCGGUACGGUAACACGUUUACAAACCAGCCGGGUGAAGACGAGGCUUCGCUUGGACCAUGCCUUCCCCUCCGCUCCACGCUGGAAUCUCCUCUCACGUUAAAAAAACUCUCGAAUGUCUUUUUUCCGUUUGACGGGACGUUGACUUUUCAUCUUUUAUUUUUGCUCCUUCAAUCAUUUUAAAUUCGUUCCGUUUUCGAAGCUUCGGUUCAUUUUGAGCUCUUCCUCGCGUCAUCGUCGGCCAAAAACAGACGUUUCCUGAACAAAACGUUCCUCCUGUGACGGAGAAUCCAACGAGGUGGCGGCCAAACAAAGUGAGGACUUUAUAUUCUUCUACAAUAUGUGAGCAAUACAAAAAAAAAGGGAGCGUCAGAGGGUAAAUUAACACUUUCCACUCUCACUUUCAGGUACUUUUACUCUCCGAUAUGUUUCCACCACGAGCGAGAGGCGGCGGUCUUUCUUUCUAUUACACUUUUUAAAAACAUAGUGCACUUGUAAAAAUGGAGUUUGUGUGUGUGAGUGAUUUAGUUCCUCCUGUUUUUCUGUUUCCGUUGCGAGCUGAAGUGCAAUGAUUGAAUCCUGUUUGUUUGUUUGUUUGUUUAUUUAUUACUAAAAACUGUUACAGAGAAAGUGUACAAAAAAAAAAAGCAAAAGAUUCUUUUUUUAUUUACUCUGUUUUUCACUUUUGUUUUUAAUCGUCUGGUUCGUUUGUGGAAAAACUGGCAAUAUUUCUGAACUAUUUAUCCGAAGAGACGGAAACUUAUUAGCGGUCGCAGGUUGGAAUCUGUUUCUCUUUUGUUUUUUGCCAAAUAACGUUUUUUUUUUCGUGUACAGAUUCUGACUCCUUGCUGAUGUUGCCUUUGGUACAGAGAUGCAUCAACGGGAGCGGUACUUUUUAUUUUGUGGGAUUUUACUGUUGCCAAAAACAAAUAUUCAGCGACGUUGCGAGGAACACCUGAAGAACACGAUUUAAAUAAUAAAAAGGGCUUUGUUGUUUGGUUCGGGUACUUUUUUUUGGGGGGGGAGACUUGAAUGACUUUAUGACGUUUGAAAAUGAUGAAUUAUUGCAGCUUGAAAAAGGGAAAAAAACAAACGUUUGAAUAAAGAGUUUUAAAUGUUGAUUAUAUCACGAUGCUUAAAAAAUAAACACAAAUUGUAAUUUUGAGUUUCUAGUAAAACAAAAUCAAAUGAA